CUGCAACAAUUUAGCCGUCAGUCUCCGCUGAGCAUUCGUUCGUGACGGGUCUUGUUGAUCUUUGACCGGGUAGAUAUUCACGAUAUAAGAUAAAAACGAAAAAAUCGUUAUCGAUUUGUGUGGCGUAGUGGAAGAAAACUUUACAUAAGAAGUUGUGGGGGUGUGUUGACGAGACGAUAUCAUAUCGCGUAUCGUGCCAAGUACUUCCGGGUUAUUUACGCUUCGUUACUGUUCGUUAUCUUUAAGAAGUUUGAAGUGACUAAAAAGGAAAAAGGAGAAUAAUAAAUUUCGUUCAUUUAGUUGAAAAAAAAAUCGAUUUCAAAAUGAUGAACGAUCCUGCCGCAUUGGGAAUGAUUCCCUUCGAUACAAUUGGAUUAUAUGAACAGCCGAAGCCACGAUUCAUCUUUAAAAUGCCACGAGUGGUGCCAGAUCAGAAAAACAAAUUCGAGAGUGAUGACCUAUUCAAAAAACUAAGCCGAGAUAGCGAAGUCCGGUAUACUGGUUUUCGCGAUCGUCCAAUCGAGGAGAGACGUGGUCGCUUCCGCGCCGGUUGCUGCGAAGGUCAUACCGAAAUCUCGUUCGCCACCACCGGUAUCAACGUUCAGUUAGUAUUCAACAUCAACCACGGCCUCUAUCAUCACCCACACCACCACCAUCAUCACCAUCCGGCCCAUCUGGGCCUGGAGAAAGAAUGCGACUUUGACAAAGAACACGGAAAGGUCCACAUCAAGUCGCACUUCAUCAUGAAUGGCGUAUGCGUACGGUUCCGUGGUUGGUUAGACAUGGAAAGACUGGACGGUAUCGGGUGUCUGGAGUUGGAUGAAAAGCGUGCCGCUCAGGAAGACGCCAUCCUGCGUGAACAACUGGACCGCUACAAUCAACGACUGAGGGACUUCGAAGACAAGCAGCGAACCUAUCAACGCACAACGCAAGAUGAGUUCGAACAGAUGCGCCGCAACAGCUCCGGAAUUGGAGUUGGGGUUGGUACGGGAGCAGCUGGCAUGUGGAGGAGAUAAAUCUGUCCGUUCAUUUAAUGAGCAGGCAAAACUAGUGGCAACUGUGUGAUGUUAAUACUCUUCUUACCCUUUACAUAUGUAUAAUAACAUAGGUGUAUGAAUGUGCUACGCAACAGUAGAUAGAAAUUAUCAAUUUGACACGUGAUUAUAUAGAUGAGAUCCUAACGACACAUCACAGAGUUUUAAAGCUUACAUGAAGCAUGAGCUUUGAAUAGAUCUUAUUUACUACUGAAACAAUCACGUGAUUUAUUGAUAAUUUGAAAUCUGAAACGAUUUUAAACUCCUUCUAAAUUUACUUUGCAAUAUAAACCGUAAUAUUUUUGCCAAUAUGCUAUCCACAAUAGGAUUGGUACUGAUAUGCGGUUAUAGGCAGUAGAAAGCCAUGGAAAUGUUUUUCAAUAUGCGAGAAAAUGUUUUCUUAUUCGACAUCAACAAUUUGAAAAAUAAAAUAAAAAUACAUUUGAUUUUUGUAUUUCACGUAAUGUACAUUUAUUGUCAACAUGAUUCAACAAUCAAAAACAGUUCUUGUUAUCAGCUAUCGUCGAAUAAUGUUGAAUCAUUUUUUUUUUUAUUUAACGUUAAGUUAAAGGUUUAGUGAAGAAAAACAAAACAAUGAUAUCUAUGAUAUUUCUUUCUUUCGAUUUCACUAUUUAAAAUACAAAAUAAUAACAAUUUAGUAUUUCGCCUCCUACCUUAAGUUUUCUGUAGCGAGGAAAUGCGAUGAUAUUUUGUCAAAGAAAUAUCAGUUUCACUGAUUUAUUUUUAUUGAUGAAUUGGCGAAUCGCGUUGUCAAUCAGAAUUUUACUGACUCUUACAGCUAACUGCUGUAAAAGUCGGUGAGAAGCUGAUAAACAACAUAUUGCAAAUUUGCAACAGUUUUAUUAUCACCUUUGUUGAUUUUAUAUUAUAUUUUAAAUAAUGAAGUUAGAAGUAAUUAGUUCAUCACUGUAGAUCUCAUACAAUUUUGAUUUUAUUCAUUUUUAUAAACUGCAAGCAAGAUUUUUUUUAUGUUAUAUAAGCAACCAAAUCUCAAACUACCAAAUAUUGAUGAAAAAAGAAGAUUGAUUUUUUUAUUGCAAAAGCAGUAAUCGAAAUAGGUUUUAAGUAGAGAGAUCAAUAAAUAUGAGCAAAUUUUGUUAUGAUAAUCCUAAAA